GCUUUUAAGUGAAGAAUGAAUUUCUUUAUGAUCUCAUAUUUUUGGUAUGUUCUGCAGAUUCGCGUCUCUGCUGUUCUUACAAAUGGUGCAUAUCUUUUGAAUGUGGAUUGUGAUCAUUACUUCAACAACAGCAAGGCUCUUAAAGAAGCUAUGUGUUUCAUGAUGGACCCCGUUCUUGGAAAGAAGACUUGCUAUGUUCAAUUCCCACAAAGAUUUGAUGGCAUUGACUGGCACGAUAGAUAUGCCAACCGCAAUAUUGUAUUCUUUGAUAUCAACUUGAAAGGGCUCGAUGGGAUUCAGGGUCCAGUCUAUGUGGGAACUGGAUGUUGCUUUAACAGGCAAGCUUUGUACGGGUAUGAUCCGGUCCUAACUGAGGAAGAUUUGCAACCAAACAUUAUUGUCAAGAGCUGCUGCGGCUCUAGAAAGAAGGGAAGCCAUGCUGAUAAGAAGUACAUUGACAAGAAGAGAGCAGCAAAAAGGACUGAAUCCACCAUUCCAAUCUUUAAUAUGGAGGACAUUGAAGAGGGUGUGGAAGGAUAUGAAGAUGAGAAGUCGCUCUUUUUGUCUCAAAAGAGAUUGGAGAAGCGGUUUGGUCAAUCACCCGUUUUCAUUGCUGCCACCUUUAUGGAACAGGGAGGCAUUCCACCGUCAACAAAUUCUGCUACUCUCUUGAAAGAAGCAAUCCACGUCAUUAGCUGUGGGUAUGAGGACAAAACUGAGUGGGGUAAAGAGAUUGGGUGGAUAUAUGGUUCUGUCACAGAAGAUAUUUUAACGGGGUUCAAAAUGCAUGCACGAGGAUGGAUUUCUAUCUAUUGCAUGCCUCCUCGCCCGGCUUUCAAGGGUUCUGCUCCCAUCAAUCUCUCGGAUCGUUUGAAUCAGGUCCUUCGGUGGGCUUUGGGAUCUGUUGAAAUUCUUCUGAGUCGGCAUUGCCCUAUAUGGUAUGGUUACAAUGGAAGACUGAAGCUCCUGGAGAGACUGGCGUAUAUCAACACUAUUGUUUAUCCCAUUACCUCAAUUCCGCUGCUUGCUUAUUGCAUUCUUCCAGCUAUAUGUCUUCUUACUAAUAAAUUUAUCAUUCCUGAGAUAAGCAAUUUUGCUAGUAUGUGGUUCAUUCUUCUCUUUGUCUCUAUUUUUGCUACUGGAAUUCUGGAAAUGAGGUGGAGUGGUGUGAGUGUCGAAGAUUGGUGGAGAAAUGAACAAUUCUGGGUCAUUGGUGGAACAUCGGCUCAUCUAUUUGCCGUUUUUCAAGGUCUCCUCAAAGUUCUUGCUGGGAUAGAUACAAAUUUCACGGUCACUUCGAAGGCAUCUGAUGAAGAUGGAGACUUUGCGGAGCUUUAUGUGUUCAAGUGGACAUCCCUCCUCAUUCCUCCAACCACUGUCCUUAUUGUGAACUUGGUAGGAAUUGUCGCUGGUGUUUCAUAUGCCAUUAACAGCGGAUAUCAGUCAUGGGGUCCUCUGUUCGGGAAGUUGUUCUUUGCCAUUUGGGUUAUUGUCCACCUUUACCCAUUCCUCAAAGGUUUGUUGGGCCGGCAAAACCGCACACCUACGAUUGUCAUUGUCUGGUCAAUACUUCUCGCAUCCAUUUUCUCCCUGCUUUGGGUUCGGAUCGAUCCGUUUACGUCGGCAGCUACAAAGAGAGCUGCUCAAGGCCAAUGUGGUGUCAACUGUUAGUUACUUUGAAAACAAUUUUUUACCAUCAGUUCAGUGUCUCCUCGUGAUGUUUGCCUUUGUGUAUAUAGACAAAGAAACCAAUGGCUUGUUUUGUAAGAUUGACCAGGCAAUAAUCGACGGUAUUAAUGAAGAAAAGGUUGUUGAGCUCUUAAUAUUGAACUGUCCAGUCGAACCAAUUCAGUACAGUACAAUGCACCAGACGUGCCCUCGUGUGAAAAGUCAGAGUGCAGAUUUCCAAGCUAUGCUGUACCAUUUACCCAAAGGAGUGAGAUGGAUGAAUUUGUCAAGGGUCGUCUUAUUUUAGUCCAUAGUUUUGUUGGUAAACGUUGUCUCUUUCAUUAGUGUUCACAUGGUAUAGUUGUGUCUUAAAAGUUACAACUUUCAAAUUUGUUGUGUUAUUAAUAUUAUUGUGCAGAAAUGUGAUGAUUAUUUUUGUUAUGGAGAGUUCUUUUGAAAUAA